GCACGCCGUACCGCGCGCCGGCUCACUUCACGUUCACUCCGCGCUCGCGAGCCGCACGUGACACACGUCCGCGACACCCGCCUUACGACCGACGCGCUCCCACACACAGUGCCGUGCAGUGCUAAACAAACUUUUACGUGCGAUGCAGAUCCUCGCCGGACAGACAAACUACUAAACGAAAGAGUCGACCGCGGGGUGGACACGGGCCGUAGGAGCCCGCGCUAGCGCCCCCAGCGUGAGACAAGCCACAAGGAGCGCCCCUUGCCCGCGCCAUGGACGAUAAGCCGCCGGCUACCGAGGAGCACUACAGCCUGCGUUGGAACAACCACCAGGCCCACCUGCUGCGCUCCUUCGAGGCGCUGCUGCACGCGGAGACGCUGGUCGACGUGACGCUGGUAUGCUCCGAGCGGCGGGUACGCGCCCACAAGGUGCUGCUAGGCGCGUGCAGCCCACUCUUCCGGAGGAUCUUCAGCGAGAACCCGUGCAAGCACCCCGUCAUCGUGCUCAAAGACUUUCAAGGAUGGGAAGUGCAGGCCGUGGUGGACUUUAUGUAUCGCGGCGAGGUGUCGGUGGCGCAGGAGCAGCUGGGCACGGUGAUACGCGCCGGAGAGUCGCUGCAAGUGCGCGGGCUGGCCGACCAGGAACGCGAGCGCACGCGGUCGCCGGCUGGCAGUCCCGUUCGCAGCCCAGCGCGCGCCACGCCGGCGCCCUCGCCACCCACCAGCCCCGCCAGCCCGCAGCCGCGCCGUAAGCAGGCGCGCCCACGUCGCCGCUCUGGGGAAUCUGACACGCCCGAGAACCUGUCGAUGCGGCGGUCGCCGAGCGGGUUAAAGGCGGUGCGGCUGGCGCGGCCACGCUCGCCUCCUUCGCACAAGCAGGAGCCAGAGGAGCCGGAGCCAGAGGCGCCGCCGCCGCCGCGCAUGUUCCCGCCGCACCAGGACCUGUUCCCGCCUGUGCCGCCGGCCGGAGUCUCCGCGCUCUCUCUCACGCCCCCUCACAUGUUCGGCAUCGAGUCGCCGCUGGGGCUGUUCCCGCCGGGAAUGGAGCACAAGAUGUACCCACUGAUGGACGUUGAACACCGCGCGCCUCCACUAGACGCGCAGCUCUUCACCAACGUCAAGAAGAAAUGGCGACCUAAAGGGCAGCACAGCGCGCCGCGCGGUGGACCGCCCCGCUCGUGGACAAAUGCAGAGCUGACGGAGGCGCUGCAGCAUGUCUGGAACAAGAAGAUGACCACCAGCCAGGCCUCCAGGAUCUUCGGAAUCCCGUACAACUCGCUGUUGAUGUAUGUGCGCGGCAAAUACGGCAAGAGCCUCAAGCUGGAGCAGCUUCGGAAAGACUGCAUCGGCGGGCCCCUCGACGUUCUCAACCUCAACACCGGCAACAAUAACAACAACCACCCCUCCAAGCACCACGAUAAAGACGACCAGCACCAGAACCAGGGCCAGCGUCCCGCCAGCUCAGAGCCGGACAUCACAUCCAACCCGAUGUUCAACCCCUUCCAACAAGGCUUCUAUCCCGAAUUCCCGCCCGGCUUCCCCAUGCCUCUCAACAUGCUGCACCUCCUGCCUCCUAACGACAAAGCCCGAGAUCUCUACCAGUCAAUGCCAAUGGCGCUCGAUUCAUUGUCAGGGGUGACAAAGGAGGAGGACUGCAAGAGCGACAGAUCCAAGGAGAACUCUGCGGAUGAAGAGGGUGACUCGUAUCGUCCGCCUGCGCACCCGCCGCACCCUCCAGACACGCGCACACUGCUGCACCACAACGGACAAGAUUAAUACCAACAAAAUCGCUAGUAAUUAAAGAUGCCGGGACUCUACCGGUGCUCUAUUGAUCAAACUCUAUGUGUAAUUUUUAUUCAAAGCAUGCGACGCGGCGCGGCACGCUGGAGAAACGGCGCAACUGAAAUUAAAUUGAUGUAUUGCGUUUCUAAUAUUCUCAUUGCGAACCUUUGAGUUAUCAAGUGCAAUAUUAUCUCAGAGAUAUAGUUCAUAGAACUCGACCGCGAUACACUGAAGGAGUUUCAGUUCCGUCCGCACAUAACAGAACAUUAGAAAGUCACCAAACUCCGCGUCGUGUCCGCCGCGUCUGACCUUAGUUAAAUUUAUAUUUAAAAAGAUAUGUUUAUAUUGUAAAUGUAUAUUUAAAAUGUCGCAUGUAAGUGAUUAGAUGAUAGUUAAUAUUUCUGAAGGUGUGCAAUAAGUAUGAAAUAUGUUGUGAUCGUGGUUGCGGCCGCUGCGGCGGCUGACGUCUCUCUUGUUAACAUUCCAAAUCGACAUUCCUUAUAUUUUAUUUAGACAUUAGUUCGUAAAUAAUUAAUUAUAUUGUUUUAACUGUAAUUAUAUUUCGAUGGCGAAUCUCAAAUACGUC